AUGCUUUGGUCUCUUCUUUUUGUCGGAACUGUUUUGAGUAACGGUUUUCCUGAUUAUACACCAUAUUCCUAUCCGGAUUCAAGAACACAAUCUGAAUUAUGCGGGCAACAGCGACCUUCGUUUUUUUGUGAUCCGAAUAAUGUUGUUUGGCGAGGUGCAGAAAAUCAGACAGAAGGUUAGAGAUUAUUUGAAUUCGAAAUAUUUUAUUGAUUAGAAAUUUCAGCAUCAGAACUUCUUAACGAAUUAGAAUCUAUACGAGUUGAAACAAAUUGUUCAUGUAAAUACAUCAAUCAAUGCUAUCAAAUUCAUCGAGGAUACACAGUUUCGAUUGCUGUUGUCGAAAAAAUGCAUCUAGAUCAAAAUGAAACAUCUAGAGAAGUUGUACUUGAAGCAGCAAGAAUUUUCGCUGACACAAUUCGAGAUCGACAAAAUCGAGCACAAUGCGAUGAUGAUGUUUUGAUCUUUUUAUCCGUUAGAGAUGAAGUUGUUUGGACAUCAAUUGGUGAAGGAGUUGCAAUUGAUGAUAGCGAUGUUAGAAGAAUUGCAGAACAAGGUGAAAUAUUAUUUAGAAAAAUGAAAUAUAAAGAAGGUCUUACUUGGAUGGUUCAACAAUAUAAACAUGUUUUGAAACAGGAAAAGUUAGAUAGAUGUGAGUUUUAUUUUUUGAAGAAUUUCCAAGAGAAACAUUCUAAUAAAUUACAGUUUGGUCUUGGCCUCUUCCAAAAUGGGCAAUGAUCACAAUUGGAAUAGUUAUCCUCGUCAUUUUGUCAACUCUAAUAAUUACCGCAAUUUACGUGGCAAUUAGUUGUUGCCGCAAAUCUCACAAAGAUAUUUAUUCAGUUAUUGAUCAACAUCAACUAUAA